AUGGCAGAGGAGUUAGAAUCUUUAUGCCAACAUUUGUCAUUAUCUGAGAAAGAGAGUUGUGAGAUUCAUGUAGAUUCUACUGUCCUAGAACCAAAUAUUGCACGUGGGGAACGUUGUCUGCUGAUGACUUUACUUACGGAUAGAUAUUACAAUCGUGAGGCUCUCAAAAGUAUGAUGAAGAAAGUUUGGCAACCUAUUCACAAAGUUAGUUUUAAGGAGUUGGGUUCAAAACUAAUUUUGGUGGAGUUUGCAGAUGAUCACGAUAAGCAACGUGUUCUUCGGGAGGGACCAUGUUCGUUUGAUCGAAAUUUGGUUCUCAUGAAAUGCUUGGAGGGGGAUCGACAGGUGACAAAAAUAAGGCUAUCUGAAGCAUCGUUUUGGAUCAGAAUGUAUGAGAUGCCGUUAAAUGCCAUGAAUGAAGAGGUGGGACGUAUCAUUGGUAAUAAGAUUGGAUUUGUGGAGGAGGUAGACGAGGAACAAGGUGAGGCUGCAUGGGGAGAGUUCAUGAGAAUAAGAGUCAGGAUGGAUAUAUCUCAACCUCUUAUGCGAGGAGUUAGAGUUAAGCUGGGACAGUAUGGUAUAUGCUGGAUUCGUUUUGCCUACGAACGUUUGCCAAAUUUCUGCUACUGGUGUGGAAAACUUGGUCAUCAAUUCAAAGAUUGUGAGGGGGUUGGCCAUCAAGAGAUAAGGGCCUCUGCCAACUUACCGUUCGGAGCAUGGCUACUUGCUGGCAGUUUGAUGGGAAGUGGAGAGAAAAAUGUAGGGAUACAAACUUUUGUCCAUCGGAAUUCCUCACCGGAAGCUCCUUUGGAAUCCGAGAAAUAA